UUGAUGAACGCUGUCUGUCGUCACUACGCCAUUUUCUCCUCUGGUGUCUUGUACGUAGUGGAAGGAGGAAGCGCCAUUGCGGCAUCGUCUUGUUUGGGUCUGAUACUCAAAUAUUGCCGAGUAUUAGCGUCUCUUAAGCUGGUCUGGUGCCACUCAAAAUGCCAGGCUUCAGUAGUGUAGGCACAUUCAAGAUAUUCGUCGGCAACUUGGCUGACAAAACUACUGUGGAUGAUAUUAAGCCACUUUUUGAAAAAUAUGGAAAAGUUGUAGAAUGUGACGUGGUGAAGAAUUAUGGAUUCGUGCAUAUGGAACAUGAAGAAGGUGGACGUGAUGCAAUUCAGAAUCUAAAUGGGUACCUGGUUCAUGGACAAGCAAUAAAAGUGGAAGCUGCAACAAGUCGCAAAGGACCUCAGACACCAACAACAAAGAUAUUUGUUGGAAACCUAACUGACAACACAAAAGCACCUCAGGUGCGAGCAUUGUUUGCAAAGUAUGGAACAGUUCUGGAAUGUGACAUCGUGAGAAAUUACGGUUUUGUGCAUAUUGAAUCAAAUGAUAAUGUGAACUUGGCCAUUAAAGAGUUGAAUGGGUACAUAGUCGAUGGGCAGCCAAUGAAGGUCCAGGUGUCCACAAGUAGGGUUCGUCAGCGACCGGGAAUGGGAGAUCCUGAGCAGUGUUACAGGUGUGGAAGAGGUGGUCACUGGUCUAAGGAGUGUCCUAAAGCUGGGUUAGGACCGGACAGGAAUGGUUUCAGAGGCCCUAUUUUUGGCAGAGAACCAUAUCCUCCUCCACCACCUCCACCAUUCCUGCGUGACAGAAUGAUGGGCAGAUUUGGAAUGAGGGACCCCUUAUAUGACGGUUUCUAUGACAGAAACAGAUUUGAAGAUUCACCACGCGACAUGUUUGAGCGCAGGUUCCCCCCUCUUCCUCCUCGUGACUUGGGACCAUCACUUCGUGGCCGAGAAUUUUUACCCCCACCACCACUUCCUCCCAGGCCAAGGGAUGCUCUCCCUCCACCACCUCCCAUUGGGCUGCGAGGACCUGUUGGAUCUGUUAGAGAUUCACCAGUUUAUGAUCGCCCAAGUUCAGAGUAUAGUAUUUUCAGUCGGCGAUCACCAUCAUCAUCUGCUGUUCCACCAAGCCGAUUUAGUCGUAUGUUUGAAGACUUCAGUCGCGAUAGCUUUGAGGAAAGAAGACCGGGCGCGCGUGGAACGCUCUCUCCUCGCCGCUUUGCACCGUAUUAAGACGCAAUCAUCCGCCUGUCCGUCGCCGUUAUAAGCCGGUCCGUAGCGUCGAAGUCCGGUGAAAUUUUUCACGCGGGAAGCCUCGGCCGGAAUGAAACGGAAGACAAUCGCCUGUUGUGUUGCGGCGCGGCGUGACGGUGUAACGGGCAACUCACCUUUGUUCUCUUGUUUCUUUUUGAACAUGCUAGAUAGAUUUCAGAUAUUCUGUCUUGUUUGAUAGAUAAUUAUUGUUGUAGUCUGAUACAUCCACACCAUUACUUUUAAGCAUUCUUCUCUUCGUGAUUUUUGAAGGAGAAUUUUUGAAAUAGAAUUCUUCUGUUCAUUUGUUCAACAAGUAGGGUGGGCACAUUCUUUGCUUCACGAUCAUGUGCAUUACGUGCUGUUGGUGUUCAGCAAAAUAUUAUUAACCCUGUUAUGAAGUCUCAUUCCAUAGAAAAUUAAACACGGUCCAUUUUUUCACUGAAAGAGAAAGUUGCACUUAGACCAUUUAUCCCCUUUUGACACAGUUGUGUACUUACAACAUUGAAAAGAAGUGUAUAAGGAAACAGUUAGUCUGUACUUACAAAAGACGUUGAACACAUCCGACUUAGAAAGGCUUCCCGCACGGCAUGUCGGUCGGAAGCGUUCCGUGGAAUUAGCGCGACAGAUGUGAACAGGUAUGCUGCCGGUUGUGUUCUAGAUUCUUUGUAGAAUAUUUUGAUUGGAACAAAACAGGAAUCAUGACAUUGUUUCAGAUUUCUUUCAUUUCCCAGUAUCUUAGUGUUACUUGUGAAAAAAAAAAGAUAAUUGAUAGAUUUUAUAGCUGUGUAGGCUGAUAAAUAUAUCCCAGCUUGGGCAAACUGAAGUCAGUCCAGAAGAGGACACACAUUGUCAUUGCUUACUAAGUGUAUCUAGUGUUACAGAUUAGCAUUCAUAUAGAUUAUACAUAUUUAUUAGUAAGUAUCCAUAUUACUUUGAUGUGGUUUUCUUUAUCGAGGAAAAAUAAAACACAUGUCUCGGCAUUAUUUGGAAAUCAGCACCUUUUUUCAGCAGCUUACAAUAUUUGGAAUCUUUGUCGAUUUAAUUAUGUAAUCUAAGGUGUGUUAGAACCAUUUGUAGCUGUUUUAAUGUGUGUAUGUAUUGUUUUACAUAAAUACAUUUUUUCUACAAAGUGA